AUGGCGAAGAAUAUCGAUUUCAACGCGUUAAGAGCGCAAACGCUGGGCUCGGGCAAUGACGAAGAGGCUGUCACUGUCGACACACGGGGCCUUAUCUCUAAGGUUCUGGCGCGAUAUUCGGGGAAAUGGACUGUCCUGCGAGAGAUGAUUCAAAAUGCGGCUGAUGCCAAUGCUUCCAAGGUCACCAUCAAAUUCGAAACCCUACCUUCUACGACUGUACCUUUACCUCCCAGCGCCGAUCAGACCACGCUGAUCAAACACGUUGUAUCUCACCACACUCUCAAACGUUUGUUGAUCUCGAACAACGGUCUUCCGUUCAGUGAGAAGGAUUGGGCAAGAUUAAAACGUAUCGCGGAUGGAAAUCCUGAUGAAACGAAGAUUGGGGCUUUUGGUGUGGGCUUCUACAGUGUUUUCGAUGACUGCGAGGAGCCAUUCGUCUCCUCGGGGAAAGAUGCCAUGGCGUUCUACUGGAAGGGUAAUGCACUAUUCACACGGCGAUUGCAAUUGAGCGAGGAGUCAAAUCCGGAGACAACAUUUGUUCUUGAUUAUCGCAAUGACUCCUCGCCGAUUCCGUCCCUGUUACAGCUAUGUCAAUUCCUCUCAAGCAGCCUUACGUUUGUCAGUCUUGAAAGCAUCGAACUAUGGCUUGACGACUGGAAUCUCUCGCGACUCACGAAGAAAGCGGCUCCUAGCAUUGAUCUUUCCAUUCCGAGAGAUAUCGAAACCAAGACGCCCCAGGGAUUGAUGAAAGUCACAAGCAUCGCUCGAGAGGUUGUCCAGGUCGACGCAGCCUGGAUGCGAGUUGUUGAAUGGAACUCAACCGCAAGCGUUUUCCGGUUGGAUAGUUUGAGGGAUACGACAGGUUCCUUGCGGACGUUUUUCUCACGGCUCACUGGCCAAAAUGCACAAGAGAAGCCAGCGAAAAUCGAAAAGCAGAAUAGUGUUGCUGAUUCUGAAGACUUGUCAAUUAUCUGCAAGGCAUCCGUUUUCUUACAUAUUAGUACUGCAAGCAUUCAGUGUUCGAUCAGCCACUCAUUGAGCAGUGAGCUGGAACGAGCCACACGCAAACCGCCACCGAAGAAAACAACCCUUGCGGUCCUGACCCCUUCAUACGAUACGGACAUAGCAUCUGGAGCGUCAGCGCUACAGUCAGAGGUCUUAUCAUCCAUCUUACCCACCAAAGCUGGAAGAAUCUUUAUAGGGUUCCCCACACAUCAAACUACAGGACUAAAUGCCCACAUAUCUGCACCCUCGGUGAUACCAACAGUUGAGCGAGAAAGCAUUGACCUCAACACACGUUAUAUCAGCAAAUGGAAUCUCGAGAUGCUGAGGGCAGCAGGCAUUGUUUGUCGGGUUGCCUGGUCUGCAGAAAUGGCGUCAAUUAAGUCAAGGAUCUUGUCCAAGCUGGACUCAUCCAAGUCAUCGAAAGUUCGGAAGAAUGACAUCGUUGGGGUUCUGCCCGAAGCGAUAUACACGGCAAAUCAAUUCGUCUUCCGCGAAUCGACACCGUCAUCGCUUUUGGGUCAGACCAUUGAAGAUUCUUUCUGGACAUGUAAUAAGAACGCCUCCAUCGAGAUAUUAUCAACAUGUGGUAUCAUACAGAGUCAUCAGGCACGCAUCGCUCCCAAAGAUUUGAGUUUCAUGGACUCUAUACCUGUCCUGCCCGAUGAACUUGUGUCAGGCGCAAAGGAUUUUGUUGGAAAACUCACUGACUUUGGUUUGGUCACCGAAGUCACAGUGUCGGACAUCAAGCGGGAGUUAGAAGCCAGUACGCUGCGGCCAGCCCAGAUCACUGAAUUUUUAAAGUGGCUAGGGCGAAAAGCUCUAUCGGGCCAGCUUGAUCAAUCUUCAAUCCAAAGCCUGCUGAGUGUUGCAGUGGCAAACGAUGAAGAUGAUGAAGGCAAUCCUACCCGGCUCCUUGUCUUCGCGGACGUGAAUAAUUAUCUAAAUCCGCAGCGAAUUCCCGUUGAGUUUCCGGUGCCGCCUUCGGUCAUGCCAUUUAAAUACAUCAAGUCUCUUGCGAAACAGGAAUUAGAAGCGCUCGGAUGGGUUGAACUGCAGACAGUUUCUUGGAUUCGGUGGCUUGUCAACAACGCCGGCAAACGGAAUAUUCUCCCUUUGGAACAGGAUAUAACGCAGACAGCGUCAUUCUCUGCGCAGAUCUUACCUGUGUUGUCAAAGCAAUGGGAUAACAGCUUGAGCCAGCCGUCAAGACAGGCAAUAGUCACUUUGCUGCAGCCUCACACAAUCAUUCCUACCAAGCUUGGGAUGAGACGGCCCGCAGAGACAUAUUUCUCAUCGGUCCGGUUGUUCGAUGAUCUUCCUGUCGUUCAUGGCCUCAAUGGUGUUAAGGAGAAGUUUCUGGGGGCGCUUGGUGUUCGCAAGACUGUUGAACUUGGUGUCAUCUUCGAACGACUUUUAAAUAACAAUCCCCAAAUUGCUGAUAGCAAGAGCGAGCACGAGAGAAAGUGGAGUCAUGUCGAUCUGAUACGUUAUCUUGCUUCUGUUCGCGAUGACAUCCCCGCAAAUGACAUCCAAAAGCUGAAGAAAACAAGCAUCUGCACUGCCGAAGGGUCGGGAGAUUCCAAGUCGCCCAAUCGAACGCGCUACAAGAUCUACGAACUCUUUGAACCGAAAGAUUCUCUUCGAGCUUUAGGUCUCCCAAUCAUUGAGUGGCCUGGGAAUUAUCAGCCCGGCAGCAUUGAAGGGAAAUUCUUGGCUAUGUUGGGCUUGAGAAGUUUUCCUUCAGCAGCCGAGCUAAUAGAAAUAAUGUCAAAAGCCGCUGCUGCGAACGACUGGGUGCUGCAUGGAAAAGCUAUGUCGUACUACAUCUCCGAAUAUCACACGAGUGGUUACGCUACGUUCGAUUGCAGUCCUAUCACUCUUCCAUUUCUACCCAUCGAAGGUGCUAGCGAGAUCAGCACCCCAAGUAAAUGUUUUACAGACGACGGUGCUACAUUCUUUGGCUUCAAGAUUCUGCGGCGUGACCUUCAUCCUCAUGCUUCCAAGUUUGGGGUGAAGCAGCACCCGGCUCUCACUGAAUGCCUUGAUCGCCUCAUUUGUCAUCCACCAUCCACAAAGCGAGACGCAAGAGUUUUGUUCAAAUAUCUUGCUGGGAGAGUGUCAGAGCUAAGGGCUCGAGAUAUCGAGCGCACUGGCAGUGCACUGAUAAUUCCAAUCGGAAAGAAGGAUGCACCUGAGCAAAGUCCGGCCGUUCGUCGCGUGGCUCCAAAACUAUGCUACCUCGGGGAAAGCGAAGACUAUCGAGAUAUUUUCGACUUUGUAGACUUUGGGCAAGAGGCAAACUUCUUUCUCAUGGCGGUUGGUUCCAAGAGGGAACCCACAAAGACCGAACUCGCGUACAUGCUCGUGAAAGAACCGGCCAGAAUCUCCUCUACAUUUCAGAGCGCUGACAAAUAUCUCAAGCUCCUGAGAAGUCUCGCGGAGCAUCUCGCUGUUUUCAAAAGAGACAAAGAGCUUUUCCUUGAGAUGAAAAGAUCAGCUUUUCUUCUGGCAAGUCGAGAUAUCUCUUCUCUAGCUCAAGAAAAAUCUCAAAAGGAUCUCUUAGGGUCUGAUGAUGACGAGAUUGAAGAUCAGAGCAUUAAAGAAUGGACUCUGACAGCCGCCAAAGACGCAGUCGUGGUAGAUGACUUUCAGAGUUUCAACCUCUUCAAAGAGCAUUUGCUAGCUGCACCGCAAGAGGAAAUGCUGGAGAAUUUUUAUCUCGCUCUUGGAGCCAUUCCAUUAAGUGGAUUGGUUGAGGAGCGUGCUAAUUGGGGUGCCGUAGCGGCUGAUCAGCGACCAGCAGCUAAGUUGAACAAGCUGAUUAACGAACGCACAAGGCUGUUCCUGCAUGAUCAAUCUCCUAAUUCGAUACGUCACGAUGUUAGAUGGCUGGAGAAGAAUCUCCAGGUUCAAGUGGUAAACUCAAUCUCCCUCACCCGGUCUCUCAAAGGACGGCGGGUGUCUCACACCCAGAAGCGCAGUGCUAUUAUCACUCAGAACUCGCGGACUUGGGUUCUGUGGAUUUGCCCCGGCAAAUAUGACCUAUAUGAAAUUAGUCAAGCUCUUGUGCAUCUCAUUCUCGUACGACCAAAGCUGCACUCUACACUCACCUUGGAAAUGUUGUUGAAGACCGACCUCCUAGAACUCAAGGCCCGAGGAUAUAAUGUGGAGCGUAUACUCAAGCAAAAGGCCCACGAAGCUAGGGUGGCCGAGGAUCGGCGUCAAAAACAGUUGGAGGAGGAGCAAGAACGUCUUAAAGAGAGGGAGGCAGCUUGGGCAAAGGAACAAGCACAACUUCAAGCCCAGGAACAGCAUACAGAAAAGACUGCCCAGCCCCUGAUGCCGGGUGACUUUCCAGAUUCGCCGACUAACCGGGAUAGUACUCGCAACAUACAACCCGAAGAAGCAGAGGCUGGUCAAGAUCGACGUCCGCGUGGGUUAUUUGCCAAUUUGACGAAACGGUUUGGGUUAGAGGGUGGUCGUUCAAAUUGGAAUCCUCUUGGAGGAGGAGAUCCAUCAGCGUCACAAGGCUCAGGUACACCGGAUCCUACAACUACCUCUACCCCUCCCCCUCCCUAUUCUGCAGAAGAUCCGCAGAAACUGCGUCCGAAGGAACCAGCAUCUGUCAACCCUCCACAUCGACUUCACUCGGAACUACUCUCUGCUAUUCAGUCUUGCCGACCUCAUGGGUCUUCGGGCUUGUAUAGUCGGCCGGAGACAAACCAAGUUACUGAGACGAAGUCGUACUGUGACGAAAAGCCAAGCCAUGAUUUGGAGUUCGUGGCGACGCUUCCCUGCGGAAUCCAUGUUCUUUUCGUGAAAACACUAUCUGAUCGGUCCGCAUUCUUGUCUCAAAACAAUGCUGGGAUCAACCUGUUUGCUUCCAUGUUGAUCGAGUGUGCCAGUGUCUUUUCAUUGCGAGUUGAUACUCUCAGUGUCUUCUAUGACCCCGGUGGUAAGACCAUAGCCUUCAACCGGGCUGGCAGUAUCUUCUGCAAUUACUUCUAUUUCCAGCAGUUACAUGAGAAGGAGUUGCUUCAGAACCAAGCUGCGGAUCGAUCCGAAGCGAUGGUAUAUUGGUGGGUCAUCCUCUGCCAUGAACUGGCGCACAACCUGGUGGGGGAUCAUAGUUCAGCCCAUAGUUACUACAGCGAGGGCUUCGUGGCUCAAUAUUUCCCCAAGUUAGCAGCCAAGCUGGCCAGUGUUAGCAAACCAAGCUCGAACUCGAGUGUAUGA